GGCGCGUGAGCUAGAGGGUUCGCUGACUGACGGGCGGAUUGACUGAGUGACUGACUGGCACACGGGUGCAUGGGUUGAGGGGAGAGGCCGGCAAGCAGGUGGGCGUCGGCCUUCGAGUUCCCGAGGGGGCGUGGGAUGCCCGGGCUGAUCUAGCAGUAGAGGGAGCGCCGGUCUCCGCUCCGGGAUCCGUGGAAGGAGAGCAAGGCUGGGAGUGAUUGAUUGCCACGCGGGAAACAGCUGCGGAGAUAGGUUUCCCGAGGUCAGUUAAAGAAGAAGUUGCUAAAAGUGAUCUUGGAAACAUGAAUCCUGAUUUUUUUACCCCGAGGGAGAGUAAACCCUCAGCGUUUGACACUGUCACAUCUGUUUACUCCAGAGAAGACAGGUCCAUGGGAGAUCUAAGAUAUUUCUCCAAAAGUAACAUCACUACAGCAGAGGAGGAAAUUGAUGACAUGGAAUCCCUGGAACUGGCUGAGCAAGACCUGCAAGACCAAGUCCAGCGGGAUUAUGGCGUGCAGGAAUGGCUUGAUGGCUCUGUAUACAAGGGGGAAUUUGGGCUUAACAUGAAACUUGGAUUUGGAGUUUUCGAAUGGAACAGUGGUGAGACAUACAAAGGGCAAUUCUAUAAGGAUCAUCGUCAUGGCAAAGGUACCUAUACUUGGCCUGAUGGUUGUACUUUUGCAGGGACAUUUUAUAUGAGUCACAGAGAAGGAUAUGGCACCAUGUACUUAAAAAACAGAGUAUUUCAGGGAUUAUACAAAGCAGAUGAAAGAUUUGGACCAGGAAUAGAGUCGUAUAGAGAAGGCCGUCAAGACGUUGGAUGGUGGUUCCGAGAACAUAUCAUUAAAUUGUGCAGCGAAUUCCCUGGGGCUUUUACCAUUUUUAGUUAUCCAGAGUUCAUCACCUUCCUUUCUUUUGAUUCUACAAAAUUGUGUCUUUCUGAAAAGGAUUUGGCAAAGUGGGAGGUGAAUGAAGAGGAGGAUCCCUUUUUGUAUGACUAUAAGCAGCUUCUUUUAAAUGACGAUCUAACUCUACCACCAGAAAUGUACAUUUACUCCACCGAUAAUGAGCAUCUUCCCAUGACGAAUUCCUGCAAAAAAGACUUUGAUUUCCAUUUUUUUGUGCCCAAGUUUCCAAUGUUUGAUGAUGAGGAUGAACCUUGGUUUGUGCUAAACCAGACUCCUUUGCUGCUGAAAAUACAAAAGCAUGCUUUCAGAUUCAGGCACAGUCAGAUUCCAUUCAUUCAGAGUGUUAAUGAUAUCAUAAACAGAAAUCGAAGUAACUUUGGCCGCCAGGGUCCCAAAGAAAAGUUUGCCAAAGAACUGAUCGUGAAGGCCGAGAAGGGACAUUAUUCCCGUGUCUAUGAGAUUCUUCGGGACGACCUGGCCAUAGCCGAUGUAGGGGAUGGAAAGGGAUUCACUGCACUGGCCGGAGCGACUAUUCACUGCCACAAUGCUAUCAUCAACCUCCUUCUUGACAACGGAGCCAACGUGAACGUGUGCACGGAUGAGGGGAUAACGCCCCUCUGCAUGAGCCUCAUUCUCUAUUAUCCAAAGGAGAUGUUUAAGGUCAACAUCGCGGAGAGGAACUUGGAGAAGCCCAAGGGACAAGCUUCAAAAGGAAUGACUUUCUCGCAUACUCGGCCGUCUGAAACCAAGUCAUUUUCCAUAAAUCCAGAAAUAACUUUUCAAUACCUUCCUGUAAUAGAAGUAAAGAAAUCUUCAGAGGAUGCGACCAAUAGUACAGAAGAAAUCUCUUCUCAGAUCCCUCAAGAUCAGUCUGAGUUGAAGGAAAUCAUUCCUAAAAAGGAUGCAUUGGAGAUAACUUCACUUGGAAAAAUAUGUCCCAUAGUACCCAACAAGAUACUAGAGGACUGGUGGUUAAAUUUUGAAAAAUCCACCCAACUGAGUUCUUCGACAAAUUUUGAUUCGAACCUUUGUGUUUGCAACUUUCCUAUUGAACUCUCACAGGAAAUUUUGGAGAAGACAGCUAAUAAUUACCCCAUGGCAAAAUCUUCUUUAGACAAGGAUCGCUCAGAUCCGGGAACCAUUAGGAAACUGGCACUGUCUAUCAUGGAACACAAACUUAGAUGGACAACGAUCCAGUUACUCUUAAAGCGAGGAGCAGACCCUAACUAUUGCCCAGUGCCUAUGCAUAUGCUUUUCUUCCCCAUUAGAGCUGCGGAUGUGACUGGAGUCCAGCUCCUCUUAGAGUACGGCGCAAGGACUGAUAUCCGCUUUCCAAAAAAGUUGAGAGGGCUCACUCCUCUUCACAUAGCAGUAGCCCUGCCUGAUGAGGCAGGUGUCAAAAUCACAGAGUUAUUGCUUCAUGCUAUCACCGACCCAGAUACGAGAGCUGAAGAUCAAGAUGAGAGAUACAAGAUAAGUAAGUUUGACACUUUAGUUUCAAGCAUGAAACUUAAUAAUGAAACUGGACCACCAAUGUCAUAUUAUUCUCCAUCUAAGUUGAGUCCUGAAGAAGGCGGGAGAAGUCCUUUACAUGUUGUGUGUGAGAGAGAAGAUGACUUCAAGUGUGCGAGGGACAUUAUACGUCUCCUAUUACUUCAUAAAGCGAAUCCCAAUACCUUGUGGAGUGGCCAUUCUCCACUCUCCCUGUCCAUUGCCAGCGGGAACGACUUGGCGGUGCAUGAACUCCUCCUCCGGGGAGCAGAUCCAAAUCUAGCCUUAACUAAAGGGGUAGGCAGCGCUCUCUGUGCCGCGGCCAACCUAGCAUUUGAACAAAAAAGAUCCCUGGAUGGCAAAAUCGCUUUGGUCGACAGACUCAUGCAAUUUGGGGCUGAUAUCCUGAUUCCAAUUAAGCUGGUCCAAGGAGAUAAAUCAGCCGUGGGAACUGCCGUGGAUUAUGCAUACUUCAAAUUCUACCAGGAUAGGCGGAUAGCCCACACUCCUUUGCAUUCGUUGACACAGUCUGAGCGAGAAACGCUGGUGUUGCGUAAAAAGUUCCUAGAGUACAUGGGCCUCCGGCUCCGCAAGGCUGUCCUGGCCAAAGAAGAUGAGUGGGAUCGCAAGCAGCUGCUGCUGUCCAAGAAGGCUGAAUUAUCAUCUAGAUCAAAGAAGAAGAAUGUCUUGCCUGUUAAAAUACCAGAAGGAGAAAUAAGGAUACCUUUCUUCAAAUAUUGUUACCAGUGUGGGCGUUCCAUCGGGGUGCGGCUUACCCCGUGUCUUCGCUGUUAUGGAAUCUUAACCUGUAGCAAGCAUUGUAAGGCAAAAGCCUGGAAUGAGUCCCACAAACGAGAAUGUAGUGCAGUAAAAGGUGAGCCAAUGAACCCUCCCAAAAGCAAAGAAGAAAUCACGAAGGGAAAAGAAAUGGCUACGAAGAUCCUAAGAGACAUCAAGGGCCUGAGAUGCCCCAAAGGCAAGGGCAAAGACGUUGACCAGAAGAUGAGGCACCUGGUGAAAUUUAGUCCAUUCACCCAGCCCAAAGAGUGUCCUUCUCCUCCAGGCUCACCCUCCUACAGAGAAAAUUACAGUUUCAACUGAUGUUCUUGUACUAAAGAAAGGUGCACGUGUU